GGAAGAAGGGAAGUGGAUGGUUUUCCUCUGUAAAGAAAGCCUUCUACAAACAGCAACCUAUGAACGAUUCUCCCAACAAGGAGGACAGAAACAACUCAGGAGAGGACAAAUGGGACCAAGAAGCCCCGGAGGUGGUCUCACUCGAACAUUAUUUCCCUUCACCUGAUCUGACCAGCAGGGAAACCAACGGCAACGAUUCGCCGGUCGAUGAUCCUAACCGUGCCAUCUCCGUCGCGCUCUCCACUGCUGCGGCUGCUGCCGCUGCCGCUAAGGCAGCUGCAGAGGUUUUCAGGCUGGCCGGAUGUAGCCGCUGGUCUAAGCCGGACAGAGCUGCCACACUCAUUCAAUCCCAUUACAGAGGAUAUCUUGCAAGAAGAGCAUUGAGGGCGCUGCGGGCAUUGGUGAGGCUGCAAGCAUUGGUAAGGGGUAACUAUGUGCGGAAGCAGACGCUGAUGACGAUGCGGUGCAUGCAAUCUUUGGUGCGCGUGCAGGGAAGAGUCAAAGCCGGGAGGGUGCUGCAAUCCACCGCCGUCAAGCAGAAGCUGCCCUCCAUCAACCGCCACUCCGGUGGUGUCAAUGUUGACUUUGAAGCUGAAAGGUCAUUGCAGAACCUCGAAGAAAGGAUGAGGAAGCUCGGAAAGACAUUGCAGAAGCAGCAGGUGGAGAAGGAUGAUGAUGAGGGGGUGAGUGAUGCGAUUCUGGAAUCUUCUGGAGGAAUGGAUGAUGAUUCAGAGAUGAAAAGAGAGAGAGGUCUUGCUUAUGCGGCCUAUGCCUACCAGGACAAAGAGCAAAUAUUAUGGGAUUCUAGUGCAAGUGACCACCAUCAUGAAGUGUUGUUUGGGAAAGAAGAGCCAAAAUGGCGAAGGAGUUGGAUGGAUGGAUGGAUGGCUUCACAAGCAACUGAGUCUUCGCGGCCUAGCCAGCCACGAGAUGCAUCUUGCCUGACCAUUUCCAGUUCAGAUGGUAUAUCCGAAAAGACGGUUGAAAUUGAUUUUCCCGCUCGAUUAGUCCGACCCGAGCAUGUCCAAUCAACAACCAAAUAUAACUUUAUUAACGCGGGCGGAGCUAGUAGCCCGAAUUCAACCUAUGGACGUCGACAAACUUGGCCGGGCUUGGAAGCGAAUGUUCCGAGUUUCAUGGCCCCAACACAAUCUGCUAAGGCAAAGGUGCGAACCCAACAAGACUCGAAUAAGAUCCAUACCCAGAGAACAGCCCAAUGGAACUCAUCAACCAAAAGUAGACCAGCUCGUCAGAUGGGCUCAAGAAGCCCAAACAUGAAAGCUUAUGCGAAGCAAGCGAAGUGGAUGCCCACUUAUAGUUACAGCAGCCCAGAGUCCAGCGGAGAUGAUAGGGUGUCACCAUUGAUGAGAAACUACGGAUGGAGAUAUAAUUUUGGUUGAUUAUUUGUUUUUAAUCGUGUGAUUCCUGUGUUGCCGUACUUAGCUCUGUCUAUUGACUCUAUUUAAUCAUAUCAUUUAGGAAUACUCUAUUUUACUUUUAAAAAAAUCGAAUACUUUAGUAGGUUUCUCAACAAUAGAGAAAUGGAUAAUAAAAAAAAUCCUGAAGUAAAUAUGAAUUCUCUAUCAUUUCCAAAUCUAUUUCAACACUUUUGGUAGAUUUUAUCUUUGGGUGCUUCUAUCUUUAUAGAUAUAUAAAAAUGUAACCUUCUGGCAAUAACUCUUGCGCCUAAAUGAAUUCUUUUUACAUAAUGCAUCACGCAUGCAACUGGGUUGGC